GUGUAACGUGUUUCAUGUCAAGUCAUGCUUUACCACUGCACAUGAACCAAUUUGGCAGUGCAAAGGCAACGUCCGACUGGCAUCGGAAGUUACGAGGCAAAAAACACCUUUUUGUCCAUAUUUCAUUCCGGUGUGCAUAAACCUCUGACACUUUUAUGUGCGACAGGCGGUAGCGAUGAUUGCACACUUUGCAGUAGCCGGUGCAAGCGGAGCAGUAGCAUUAUGUGAUGAACGUGACCAUAAUUUCCAAAAAUGACACGUGAACACUGACCGUUGGUUGGAAUAGACAAGUACGAUCAAUUACGGUGCCUGCGGAGAGUAUUAAUUUAUCACUAAAUUGUCAGUCCUUGUUGCAAUUUGACGUAGCAUAUGAUUUAACAGUGCUGAAGGAAAUAAAGGUGAUACACCCAGUUCAUACACCAACGCGUUUUAAUGACCGCGGCAAAUGCAGUAUUUCCUAUCUAUUUGGUUAUAGUGAUAUUUGUGACCUCAAUAGCUCUGGUUAUCACUUUCGUAUGUGGAAAUAACAAUGACAAUUCGAUGAAGGACAUUGUUAGCAAUCGUCAGUGGAAACCGUUCGCUAGAUGGCGACAAAACUUUUAUCCCCACUCAGAGGAAUACCAGCAAGCUGUUAAAGACAAUAUAGAUGACCAGUAUGACGAAAGCGAUGGAGAAGCCGGUUACCCUCAAAAUCUACAAACAAUCGAUUUCAAAUCUAAAAGGUCCCGCUUGCGACAACCACUCUGUGAGGUGCUGGUCAACAUUGUCUACGUCGGAAAUGGAACCGAUGGCUUCCAGUAUCGCCCAGAUCAUUAUGUUACGGAAUCCUGCCUUGGUUCAUUCAGCACUUUUCAAAAUAAGUGCGUGGAAACAGGUCUGUCAUGCACACAGAUAAGACAAAAGAUCUUCAUCACCAGAAGAAAAGUUAGCAGUGAAGAUGCCAAAGCAAUCAAUUGCUGGGAGCACGUCCGAAUGGAAGAGAUCGAUGCUGGCUGCGAAUGCAUGUGGCCAAGGGAGCACAUCGGAGAUAAGCACUCUUAUCGAGGUGGAAAGUAAGAGGCCCGAAGUACUUUCUUUUUUCCUCUUUAAGUACGUCAUUACGACCACUAACAAACGUGAGGUAUCUUCAGGCUAUGGUGAGAAAUGUAACGAAAACAUCUCAUCCUUCUGUUAGGGCUUCCCAAUGGAUAUAGAGAUUAAAUUUUCUCGCGAUUGGAUCGCACAUGUGAUUAAUGUAUAAAAAUGAGCCCUUUUAUGUAUUUAUCGUAGGCGAACCAACUUUUGUCAGAAAACCAUGCAGUUAUGAAUUAGUAUAAAGAAAUAACGCAGUAUUAUUAUCACUAUCUAGUAAUUUAUUCUUAUCAUAUUUAUUGCCUAAAUAAACCUUGAAGCAAAUGAACCACAAAAGAUCAAUCAAAGUAUCAAUAUUUUCAGAGAAUUCAAAAUUUUAGUUACGAGUUUUAUCAGCUUUAAAAAUUAGGUUUUUGUGAAGUUUAACUUUGCACAUCGCACAAACUAAUGAACAAAACCAUACCGAAUGAUCUGAAAAUACGCAAUAACUUAAUCGAUUAAUUUCAAUUUGACCGAAAGUUUGCACACGAAUUCGACUUAGUAAACUGAGUAUAUUACGCGGGUGAAGAAACUUUUCAGACUCAAAACUAAUUUCCUAAAAUGGCAAAUGUAUUUUGGCACAGUUUUGGUUGAAAGUAUUGUAACUCAGAAACCUUUCGUUAUGAAGAAAAACUGUCUGAGAAUGAAUUCUAGGAAACUAAUAAUGCUUUAUAUACGCAAAAAAAGUUUUUAUGGUUAUAAAAAAUCUAAACUAACUCUUUAUUUUUAUUUCAGAACCAAAAAGAGUUAAUUUUUGACGUUGACUAACGUCUAUAUCGAAGUUAGGCCCCUGAAUUUGAAAAUCUAGUAAUUCAACCAGGGAAAACCAGGGAAAAGUGGUCAGGUUUUGAGCGCUUAUUUUGCAGUCAUCUAUAAUCAGGUUUUCGAGGUUUUGGCAUCAAUCGAUCAGAAAUUCUUUUAUGGUUAAAUUUAUG